GUGAUGGCGGAUAAACUUGUUGAUGUUGAGUUGGCAGUUUGGCUUCAGCGUGAAUUACUUUCGCUGUCCUAUCUAUUUGUUUUGAAAGAGCUAACUUCAUUUGCAGUCUUUAUAAUUUAAGCACAUGGAAAUACAGUAAAAGCCACUAAUUUGCUGACGCUGUACGGUGUUUUUAUACGUGUCACCUCGCAGCUGUGCAGCCAGGUUCACCUCAGUCCAUGUUAGCUAGCGAGCUAACACACCUCGGGUUGAACUCAGACCAACUUUGAGAUUUUUAGCUAUUUUUAUUUUUUAAUCAGUUGUGCUGGAGGAACGGAUGAAGUCUUUAUCAUGACACUGAGGAAAGUAAACGUGGUCAUCCUCGUGUUGCUGGCUGUAGCCUUCCUGAUCAUAGUACAACGUAAUCUCCUCAACCUCAGCGACAUUUUGCACAAGGAAAACCCAGAUGUGGCGAUGAUUCUUCCCUUUGAAUCUGAGUUUUCUCCGGACCUCAGACAAGAGUCAGUGAGGAAAGGAGAGGAGAUCCCUGUCCUCAUCACUGCUGCUGAGGAAAGACUUGGAGCGGUGAUCGCUGCCAUGAACAGUGUCUACCAGAACAGUAAAGCCAACGUCGUCUUCACCAUAGUGACUCUGAAUGACACAGUGGAACACCUAAAUGUGUGGCUCAGUAAGACGCGGCUAAAAAAUAUCAAAUACAAGAUUGUUAUUUUCCAGCCUGAGCUACUCAAUGGGAAGAUAUCUAAAGAUCCUCAGACACUUGCAGCAGCCAAACCGUUGACUUUUGCCAGGUUUUAUCUACCUGUAUACAUACCCGAGGCAGAGAAAGCAAUCUACUUGGAUGACGAUAUUAUUGUACAAGGUGACAUUCAGGAGCUUUAUGAAGCAAACCUCAAACCAGGACACGCAGCUGCCUUUUCUGAUGACUGUGAUUCUGCAUCGGCUAAAGGCAUCGUUCGAGGGGCUGGUAAUCAGAAUAACUAUAUAGGUUUCUUGGACUUCAAGAAGGAUCCUAUCAAGAAGCUGGGGAUGAGGGCCAACACGUGCUCCUUCAACCCCGGGGUCAUCAUCGCCAACCUGACUGAGUGGAGGAACCAGAACAUCACCCGGCAGCUGGAGCACUGGAUGGAACUUAACACCAAGGAGGAUCUGUACAGCAAGACUCUGGCUGAGAGUAUCACUACCCCCCCACUCCUCAUUGUUUUUUACAAACGUCACUCCACGAUCGACCCAAUGUGGCACGUCAGGCACCUUGGCAGUACGGGUGCUGGAAACCGCUACUCCGCACAGUUUGUUAAAGCUGCCAAACUCCUCCAUUGGAAUGGACACUACAAGCCCUGGGGGAGAACAUCCUCUUUUCCUGAGGUGUGGGACAAGUGGUUCAUUCAAGACCCCACAGGAAAAUUUCAUCCCGUGCGAAAACACGCAGCGGACAAUUAAAAUGAAAAAUUAGUUUCGGGAACUUUUGAGCAGCCUAGCCCGCCCUGUCCCAGCAGGACCACGCCUCGCGAUAUCUCAGGAACUUGUAAGGCCCUCCCACUUGCCAGCAUACAUGAGUUCUGUCAUCCUCCAAACUCAUAGACCUGUGUACACUCACGUUCCCUUAAACACAGAAUUGACCUUUUUCUUGUAUCCAGCACAUUGUUAUUGCUCAUAGCGCACAAAUGUUUCCUGAGUUUAGAAAGCCGGUGCCCUUGAGAUUGCUUUGACUCAUGCUUCUUUAAAUGCUCUGCUAAAACUGUUGAAAACAGAUUGUUACACUGAAGAGGCAGAAACUAUUUUCCUCCCCUCGAGAGCAGCGUUACAUCCUCUUCAUGAUUAGAGCGUGUUGCAUCUGAAGCACGUGACAUUAAUAGAUGUGUGCGUCAAUCCCAGUCGGCAGUAAUACGAUAUCUUGUGACAACGUGCCAACAACCAUGUACACUAAGAGCCAUGUCAAAAUAAUGAUGGCUUUGGUAGGUAAGAUUACAUGCAGUUUAAUACUAAUGUAGUUUACUUGCAAACUAGAGUUUAUUGUUACCUCAGCGCUAAUGGUAUGGUACAGUCCCAAACUUUUUCACACACGUUCCCCUCAGUUAUUACUUUAGUCUGAUUGAUAAUCACUUAAGCUGUGCAGAUGCCUCAUGUCAUUACCUCAAUUCAAUACUUCCUGUGGAAAAGUAGUUUUAUACUUAAUCACACAUACAAUUAUUUAUCAGAUCAUUAUAGCAGUGGUCUGUGCUCAGUGCAGUUUUCCAUCACAAAGACAGAAAAUGCUUCAACUCCCUCUUCCUCUAUAAUUCCAGCAUUUUUAAAUAAAUUACAGCUAGUGGUGCGCUGCUAUUUCCAUUUGUCCAGCCUAUCAGUCACAUCUAUGCCAUAAAUGAACACUAAUUCAGUGCAAUACUGCCGCUCAUGCUGAACAGUCAGCGUGGUUUCUGAUGGUUUUAUAUGCAGACCACUCGGCUAAUAGCAGCUCCGCAGAAAUUGAAGAACAUGUUUGCACAAUAUUUUCAUGCUUUUUAUCCAUACAGUUCACUCAGAAUUUUAUACACAUUGAAAAGCAUUUGCCUUGCUGGUGUAAAUAUUUGUCAUCCUUUGUAUAUUACAUGAAAUAAAAGUUUCAUUUUUAUCAUUUAAA